GUCCAGACAACGACUACUCAUAGAACACAGAUUAAGCUCCAGCUUUUCUUUUCUUCAAUUUAAAGUUUUAUUCUGAAUCUAAAAGUCAAAAUGCGUUCUAUUCUCGUCUUGGGUUUAAUUGUUGCCGCUUUUGCCGUCUACACCUCAGCACAACCCUAUCAGUUACAAUACGAGGAAGAUGGUCCUGAAUAUGCACUGGAACUCCCUAUUGAAGAAGAAGAACUUCCUAGCCAGGUAGUGGAGCAGCAUUAUCGGGCAAAACGUGCAACCUGUGACCUCUUGAGCCCCUUCGGCGUGGGUCAUGCCGCCUGCGCAGUUCAUUGUAUUGCCAUGGGACGUCGCGGAGGUUGGUGCGAUGAUCGAGCCGUUUGUAAUUGCAGACGCUAAUCUAAAGUGCUUGUAUUACUAAUUUUUAUUAAUUUAUCAAUUGUUGAUUGUUGUUUUGAAUAAAUUGUUGU